GGAUGGCGCAGGCGCGUCGAGACUCCGGCCGCUACCGAAGCGUAAACAAGGCACUGCUGUGAGGGAUGGGGAGGCGGCCGGAGCCGCGAAGGGCCCGGAGCCGCCGAGGCUGAGCCUCUCUUUCUCCGCCCGCCGGUGGGCCGGGGACAGGGGAGGGGGGCGUCCCGGGAGCGUCAUGAACUUGGCCAGUCAGAGCGGCGAGGCCGGCGCCGGCCAACUGCUCUUCGCUAACUUCAACCAGGACAACACGUCCUUAGCUGUUGGCAGCAAAUCAGGUUACAAAUUCUUCUCCCUUUCUUCUGUGGAUAAGCUGGAGCAGAUCUACGAAUGCACGGACACAGAAGACGUGUGUAUCGUGGAGAGGCUGUUCUCCAGCAGCUUGGUGGCCAUCGUCAGCCUCAAGGCCCCCCGCAAGCUGAAAGUCUGCCACUUCAAGAAGGGGACGGAGAUUUGCAACUACAGCUAUUCCAAUACGAUCCUGGCUGUCAAGCUCAACAGGCAGAGAUUGAUAGUAUGCUUAGAAGAGUCUCUAUACAUACAUAACAUACGGGACAUGAAGGUGUUGCAUACAAUCCGGGAGACACCCCCCAACCCUGCAGGUUUGUGUGCGCUGUCCAUAAACAACGACAACUGCUAUCUGGCCUACCCAGGGAGCGCAACCAUUGGAGAAGUGCAGGUCUUCGACACCAUCAAUCUGAGAGCCGCUAAUAUGAUCCCCGCUCACGACAGUCCUUUGGCUGCGUUGGCUUUCGAUGCAAGCGGUACAAAACUGGCCACUGCAUCAGAAAAGGGGACAGUGAUCCGGGUAUUUUCCAUUCCAGAAGGGCAGAAACUCUUUGAAUUCCGGAGGGGAAUGAAGAGGUGCGUGAGCAUCUCCUCUUUGGCCUUCAGCAUGGACGGCAUGUUUCUGUCGGCAUCCAGCAACACGGAGACGGUGCACAUUUUCAAGCUAGAGACUGUGAAAGAGAAACCUCAGGAGGAGCCCACGACUUGGACAGGCUACUUCGGGAAAGUCCUGUUGAACUCCACGAACUACCUGCCCGCCCAGGUCACAGAGAUGUUCAACCAGGGCCGAGCCUUCGCAACCGUGCGCCUCCCUUUCUGCGGGCACAAAAACAUCUGCGCGUUGGCCACAAUUCAGAAGAUUCCCCGGCUGCUGGUAGGGGCUGCAGAUGGCUAUCUCUAUAUGUAUAACUUGGACCCCCAGGAAGGAGGUGAAUGCACACUGAUGAAACAGCACAAGCUGGACGGCAGUAUGGAGCCAGCCAAUGAAAUUCUGGAAUCUGCCUCGCACGACCGGCCACUAGUAGCACAGACGUACAGUGCCACUGUGGCUAAAGGUACUUACGUGCCUUCUUCGCCUACGAGACACGCCUACACGGAGGACCUGGGCGCGGUCGGUGGCGCCUGCCUAGAAGACGACACCAGCGCCCUGCGGCUGGACGAAGACAGUGAACAUCCCCCAAUGAUCCUUCGGACGGACUGAACUUUGACCUGUGAACUCCACUUUUGAAGCCGCGAACACUGGCCUGGCAUUUCUUCAGGGUUCUUUCUGUCUAUGCUGCUACGAACUUUGACCUGAGCUGAGGGCGAGAGAGAGGACAGCGGACUCCAAAGUAGUUUUCAAACAAACCACACAUACACACACACACACACACACACACACACACACAUCAUAGCUGUAGUGCCGACUCGAUACCAUUUGGGGCGUGGUGGUGGUGGGCAUACGGUUUCACUUCCGUGGCUUUUAAAUCCUGCUCUAUCUUUUAGCUGUGAGGAUAUUUUGAUUUUUUUUGUUGUUAUUACUGUUGCCAAAACUAUUCGUGCAGCCUUCAGCACCUUCUAGCUUUGCAUGCCUUCUUGUGCCAAGCGAGCAUAAGUGAGCAGAUCCAUUUUGUAACAAAAGUUUGCAGGGGGGGUUUCUAAAGAAAACAAAUACCUGUACAUAACACUUGGCAUCUCUGAAGGAGGAGAAGCAGCGUUUGGUUCGGAUGCUUUAGCUUGUUCUGCUUGGGGGGGGGGAAUUCCAAGUGGUCUCUUGUGCAUGGGCUUACAGGCACGCCUGGUAACUUGACAUGCAACUUUUAGAAACAUGCAGCAUUCUCUUUCUCUUGGGUUCUUUCCUACUGCCACUGUCCUUCACAAUCUAUUCCUUCUCUCCCUAAGCACCCCAUUUUCUCUCUCUCUCUUUUUUUCUGGACCAUUUUGUUAAUUAAACUCCUUCUGAAUGCUG